UUUAGUAAAAGUAAAUCGAACGUUUAAAAAAUUCAAGUAGUGACCAUUGCAGGUCUUAUUUUCACAUUGCACUGCUAUUCGUAAUCCAUAAUCACUGUUGGCAAGAUGUUUAGACGCGGCAGAACCCAGGCUAAGUUGAAUGUGCCGAAACCAACGAUAAUGUAUUCACAAUUGCAGCCAUGGAGCCAAGCGGGUGCGCUGCCCUGCGUGGAGCAAGUGGUGGGGCCGUCGGUGCCACCACGGGUUGGCAAUGCCUAUGCGAACUCGAACCGACAUCCAUGGCGUCCUGCCUUGGCUUAUGAGCUUAUUAAGGUUAAGCAUCUGCCAGAUCAGCCAGUAACUAACCAGCUGACUAAACAGUGCUUCAUGCCUAGGGGCAUGCGGACCGAGGGCAUGAUCUUUCCCAAUGUGGUGACCGGUUUCGAUAGGAAUCCUCAGCAUGCAGCGCGUGCCGCACUCUACACACGCUACACCAACACUGAAUGGUACAACAACAACAUGAUGAGAUACCUCGAGUCCAAUAUGAACCGAAAUAUGUCUGAGCGCAUGCGCAACGAUGCCCUCCGCCUAAUGCGCGAGACGGACGAAAAGGCCACUUCGGGACAACGUGACGCAGGACGUUGUUUGGGUGAACGCAUCACGGAUUUGACAUUUUGGCGCAACGAACUGAACGGUGAGCUGGAAAAGCUCAUUGCCGAGAUGUCAGACAUAAAUGAUUUGCAGCGGCUGUGUGGCAAAGCACUACUGGAUUUGGAGAUACCAUUACAUAUCGCACAGGAGUGCCUCUUCCAUCGCGAGUCGCGCCAGGAUACUGAGAAGGUGCACGACGACGUGGAGAAGGCGCUGUUACUAGAGAUAAAUAAUUUGCGUCUGUCACGCGAUCGUCUGAGCGGCCUGCACGAGAAGAUCGCCAAACAGGCGCUUGACUGUCGGGGUGCCCAACAUCUUCUGGAGGAUGAUGUGGCCCAUAAGGAGUCUUCAUUGGGAAUUGAUUCCAUGUGCCAUCAGAUGAAUAAUCAUAGCCGCGGCAUUACCUACUACGGUGGCAUCGAGAAGUUCGAUCCAUCGGUUAGCACACAGGAGUCUUGGGCACAGACCAGCAGCGAUCACGUGCGACGCUCCCAGGCCGAGCGUGCCAAGCUGUCGCAGUUGCGCAGCGACUCUCAGAAUGUGGUAAAUGCUGUGGCGGCUUCAGUUUGGGAUCACUGGAGCAACACGAACAACGCUUUCGAUCGACGUGCACAGGAAAUGUCUGAGGCUAAGAACCGCGUACAACUACACUUACAUAAAGUGCAGCAAGAGCUGUUUGAUAUGGAGAAGCAUCUGUUCCUGCUUCAAAAGGCUGUGCAGGACAAGGCUGGACCGAUGAUGGUGGCUCAAACACGUUUGGAGGCUCGAUCCCAUCGUGAAGGCGUGGAGUUGUGCAAAGAUUACGCUCAGGAUCGUCUAGUGAAGGAAGUGCAGGACAUUCAGGGCACCGUUGAUAAACUGCACCACAAACUGCAAGAGGCCGAGGCCACACACCAGAGUUUGCUCAGAACACGCUGCAAACUGGAGGUGGAUUUACGAGCUAAGGUCAAUGCCUUGUUCAUUGAUCGGGAAAAGUGCAUGAGCUUGCGCCGUUCAUUCCCUGUCAACAAUCUGAUACGCUAUUGAAUUUUUUUGCCCCUUAUAUAUAUGUACAUAUGUACAUACAUGGGAAAUUUGUAUGGAACGGAAUACCUCCCAGAUGGCUCGACUCUGCUUGUAUCUUUGUUGAGACCGCCCUUAUUACUUAUUACAGUGUGUAUUUUCGUCUCAUCUUGAACGUUUAAUUUGUAUGUGCUGUUUCAGUAUGUGUUUUCCUCUUUAAAAAAUUGAAUAAUCUACGAUAAUAAAAUUCUGUUUUCAUUCAAA